CACAAUCUGCUCUGCCUACACUACUUCCCGCUCUGUUCGCCGAGCUGCCCCGAUCAAUGGGUGACGCCCAGCCGGCAGCUUUGCACCGAGGCGUUAGAGGCUUGUCUGCCGUAUGCCCACGUUUUGUACGGCGGAGCGUUCGAGAAUACCUUUCCCAAAUUUCUCAAUUGCACCAGCUUCUCAAAGGCAAGUUCGAUCACCUCCUGCCUCAUGACCAGCGACUCCAAUGGAACCAGGACAAUAGACCCCUGUUGCUCCGCUUCUGAGGGCCAGAUAAACCUCAAUCCCCAAAGUCCAAGUAUUCACAUUGAUUUCUGCCCUCCUGUUGGAGGUCGUGUGUACCAGGCUUUGGAAAAUGAGAGCUCAUUGGAGAUAUGUGUUGUGUUGGCAAAUAUUGGUUCCUAUGAUUCUACUGCCGCCCUCAGCCAACCAGUCACCUUGAGGCUGUCUCCCAGAGAGACAAAGACCUCUUUUCUACCCCCUGGUUUGUUUCAUAACUGCCCCGUGUGUGGUUAUCAUGCAGUGCAAUUAUAAUAUAUCACCAUGCAACUAAUCAUGUCCAUACUCUAAAUGUGUUGACCUGAGCGGCCAGACAUUAAACAAUUAUUAAUCAGCCAUUUCUGCUCAGACAGUCUUAGAUAAACUACAUACAUAC